AUGAGGACUGCCCCAGGAGCGCCUUCAGCCAUUCGGAGAGAGCGCUUUUUCAGCACCAGUUUAAUCAGCUUAAACACACACACACCACCACCACCACCACCACCACCACCACCACCACCAAUGCAACAGGAAGAAAGUCGGGGCGCCGGUAUUGAGGCAGACAAGAUUGAGAUGGUUGAAGUGGCGGGGGGAGAGGAGGAGGAAGGGUGGCCCCUGCGGCAGAGGUGGCAGGGGCCAUGGGGAAGGAGGAUUUGGAAGGCGGAGGCAGAGCCCCCUGAUGGGCGGAGGAGGCGGAGGGGGGGACAAGAUAGGGAAGAUGAAGAAGAAGAUGAAGAAGAAGAUGAAGAAGAAGAUGAAGAAGAAGAUGAAGAAGAAGAUGAAGAAGAAGAUGAAGAAAAAGAUGAAGAAAAAGAUGAAGAUGAAGAAAAAGAUGAAGAUGAAGAAAAAGAUGAAGAUGAAGAAAAAGAUGAAGAUGAAGAUGAAGAAAAAGAUGAAGAUGAAGAUGAAGAAAAAGAUGAAGAUGAAGAUGAAGAAAAAGAUGAUGAUGAAGAAAAAGAUGAAGAUGAAGAUGAAGAAAAAGAUGAAGAUGAAGAUGAAAAAGGAGGAGGAGGAGAUGAAGGAGGAGAAGAAGAAGGAGGCAAGGAGAAGAAGAAGGAGGCAAGGAGAAGAAGAAGGAGGCAAGGAGAAGAAGAAGGAGGCAAGGAGAAGAAGAAGGAGGCAAGGAGAAGAAGAAGGAGGCAAGGAGAAGAAGAAGGAGGCAAGGAGAAGAAGAAGAAGGCAAGGAGAAGAAGAAGAAGGCAAGGAGAAGAAGAAGAAGGCAAGGAGAAGAAGAAGAAGGCAAGGAGAAGAAGAAGAAGGCAAGGAGAAGAAGAAGAAGGCAAGGAGAAGAAGAAGAAGGCAAGGAGAAGAAGAAGAAGGCAAGGAGAAGAAGAAGAAGGCAAGGAGAAGAAGAAGAAGGCAAGGAGAAGAAGAAGAAGGCAAGGAGAAGAAGAAGAAGGCAAGGAGAAGAAGAAGAAGGCAAGGAGAAGAAGAAGAAGGCAAGGAGAAGAAGAAGAAGGCAAGGAGAAGAAGAAGAAGGCAAGGAGAAGAAGAAGAAGGCAAGGAGAAGAAGAAGAAGGCAAGGAGAAGAAGAAGAAGGCAAGGAGAAGAAGAAGAAGGCAAGGAGAAGAAGAAGAAGGCAAGGAGAAGAAGAAGAAGGCAAGGAGAAGAAGAAGAAGGCAAGGAGAAGAAGAAGAAGGCAAGGAGAAGAAGAAGAAGGCAAGGAGAAGAAGAAGAAGGCAAGGAGAAGAAGAAGAAGGCAAGGAGAAGAAGAAGAAGGCAAGGAGAAGAAGAAGAAGGCAAGGAGAAGAAGAAGAAGGCAAGGAGAAGAAGAAGAAGGCAAGGAGAAGAAGAAGAAGGCAAGGAGAAGAAGAAGAAGGCAAGGAGAAGAAGAAGAAGGCAAGGAGAAGAAGAAGAAGGCAAGGAGAAGAAGAAGAAGGCAAGGAGAAGAAGAAGAAGGCAAGGAGAAGAAGAAGAAGGCAAGGAGAAGAAGAAGAAGGCAAGGAGAAGAAGAAGAAGGCAAGGAGAAGAAGAAGAAGGCAAGGAGAAGAAGAAGAAGGCAAGGAGAAGAAGAAGAAGGCAAGGAGAAGAAGAAGAAGGCAAGGAGAAGAAGAAGAAGGCAAGGAGAAGAAGAAGAAGGCAAGGAGAAGAAGAAGAAGGCAAGGAGAAGAAGAAGAAGGCAAGGAGAAGAAGAAGAAGGCAAGGAGAAGAAGAAGAAGGCAAGGAGAAGAAGAAGAAGGCAAGGAGAAGAAGAAGAAGGCAAGGAGAAGAAGAAGAAGGCAAGGGGAAGAAGAAGAAGGCAAGGAGAAGAAGAAGAAGGCAAGGAGAAGAAGAAGAAGGCAAGGGGAAGAAGAAGAAGGCAAGGAGAAGAAGAAGAAGGCAAGGAGAAGAAGAAGAAGGCAAGGAGAAGAAGAAGGCAAGGAGAAGAAGAAGGCAAGGAGAAGAAGAAGGCAAGGAGAAGAAGAAGGCAAGGAGAAGAAGGAGGCAAGGAGAAGAAGGAGGCAAGGAGAAGAAGGAGGCAAGGAGAAGAAGGAGGCAAGGAGAAGAAGGAGGCAAGGAGAAGAAGGAGGCAAGGGAAAGAGUAAGGAGGACAGAGGUUUCUAA